CCUCAAGUUCGUUAGGGGGGAGGGUGUCGUUCCAUGAUAUACAUGAUGGACCAUGACAAUUCCAAGAAACUUGUGUCCAUGCCAAUUUCCAAUAAAGCCCCGAGACGAGACGAGACGACCAACGACAUGACGUCGAGAACACCAACACGAGCGCUGAUGGGGCCAGCUUCCAACCUUGUAAUCACUCUCUGGAGGUACCCGUAGACAGUCUAUUCCCCGAAUGCUUACAUCGUGGUGUGAAAAAUGCCUGGAUUGCCUUCCGAUUCACUUUCAAUGUUUUUUUUCUCAAGGGAUGGGGUAGUUCGUGAGGCCUCUGGUACCUACCACACAGAACUUGCGAGACCUACGGAGUAUCUCUGCCACAAAUGGUCAAUUAAGGCUUUUCCUGGCCAGGUUGUUUUCUGGCAAUAUUCCUUACUCUUCAAAGAUACCGCGCCAGCAACUAUUCAUGGAUUGGACCAUAGCCAGAGAGCCCAGAACAAGAACAGCCAGGAGAGCAAGAAGGGGCACAAACCUAGAACAGGGAACACACCACACCCACCGGGCAGAAGGAAAAGGAUAGCUAGAAACUCAGAGCAACGGGAUCAAGGGACGGAUAGGCAAGAGAAGGGGCAUAGGAAUAUUCAUCGAACAAACGUGGCUAGUAGAAGAGAGCCGGUUGACAAAACGCGGCAAGGCCGAGACAAAACAGCCAAAGAGACGGGGCACCGUCUGUACAGGAAAUCGAGCAAAACAAUUCCUCAAAGAACCCGGUUCUUGUUCCUUGUGCAGAUCAUGGAUCACUGCGACGGCGCCCGAAAUUUUCUACGGCGGGCGUGUCCAAUGAUCAUUGGCGAGAACACGUUUUGCGUGGCCUUACACACCAUUUCAACCAAAAAUGGGAUGUGUCCAACAGAAAGCACGACAUUCCAUCCACACCUUCGCGCGUUUAAGGGAGACGGCAAGAAAGGCGAAACAUUUACGGGACUUAGGUAAAGAAGGACGACAAGGACGACGCAGAAAUACCCAGAAAUGGGUCGGCAGAGUAGAGAUGUGCAAAGUUGGUUAUGUUAUUGUGUGCAUGGCAAAUUAAUAAUAGGAACAUGAAUAAGUAGGAUCCGAUCCCCCCUCAAACGCAACCCCCCAAAAGCCAAAAGCCAGAAGCCUAGAGAAAAUGCUCCGGUAGAGCGCCAGAGCGAAGGGUAUAAGAUAAUAUGGAUGCAUCCAUCCUUUGGUAGG